UCCAAUGGUCAAAGGGGCAGUGAACUGGCCCCCUGUGUAAAAAGUUUGGGGACCCCUGCUUUAGGGUAUAGGUCUGCAAGUGGUAUUUAAUAGACCCUUGGAACUGGCAUUUAUGAGUUUCCUCUUUAUAUUUCAAAGGGGGGAGGGUUCUGUGGUCAAAUUUGUUUGGGAGAUAUUGGCAAAAUCUAAUCCAUUUAUUUUUCAGAUGAGAAAACAGAUGAAAGAUAAGGAAAGACCUUGCCCAAAGCCCACCCAGUUAACUAGUUAGUGGCAUAACAAGGACUAGAACUCGGGUCUUCUGGUUCCUGUUCUUUGGGUUAUCCAAUCUUUUUUUGUUUCAAUUUCCUUUGAAAUGUCGUUGUCACUAAACUAGGGGUUCUUACCUUGGGUCUUGUUACUCCCAUGGAAUUUAUGGAUAUAUUUUUGGGAGUGCUUGAACUUGGAAGGGGAAAAAGUUAUACCUUUAUUUUCUAGAACCUCUAACUAAAAUCUGAUGUUUUUUUCUUCAGUUAUAUUCUCAUAUAACUCAUAUGAGAGUCCAUAGGGUUCUCCAGACUGCCAGAAGGAUGCUAGAUGCAAGCAAGGUUAAGAGCCCUGAACUAGAAGUUUCUGUGUUCAAAGUAACUUCAGGUGGUUCUGAGUUGGCUCAGUCAGAGCACAUGAAGAGUAAGGGGCAAGGGGACUGAGAAGGUAGGAUGAGGUCUAGUUAUGAAGAGUGGCGAAUGCCAAACUGAGAAUAACAGGGAACCACUGGAACUUGGUGGGGCAGGGGAAAGGGGAAUAUCAACAGACUUAUGGGCUAGAGAAAUCAGCUUGGUAGAUGAAAAGAGCUGAAGUGUCACAUACACAGCCUGUGGAUGACUCACAUCACUCCCCAGUGGUUGAUGCAGGUUAAAAUCAAAUCGGCAAAUAUUUAACAAAAUCAAUAAAACCCCCAGUAAAUUAUAAAAAUGUUAAUAUAUGUUUUUUAAUGUAUGGUUUCAUGGGCCCCAUUUCUAUUUGAGUUUGAAACCUCUGGAGUAGAGGAAAAAUUGGAGUUUAGAGAGAUUCGAGGCAGUGAGACCAGUUAGACUGUUGAAGUAAUCCAGGCAACAGGUGAUGAAGGCUUUAACCAGGCUUGUGGUUGUAUGAGUAGAGAAGGCUGUGACAAUAGAAACAAGAUUUUCAGUGGAUUGAAUAUGUGAAGAGAGAGAAAGUGAGGCUGACAUAAAGGUUGUAGCCUGGGUGGCUGGGAAGAUGAUGGUGUAACAGUGAUAGGGAAGUUUGGAAGGGGUGGGAUUUAGAGGAAAAGAUAAUGAAUUCUGUUUUGGAUAUGUUGCAUUCUAAGAUGCCUAAAGAAUACUGGAUUUGGAAUCUGAUGACAUUGGUUUGAAUCUUGCCCCUGUUCCUUCCUAUUUAUUCCUUGACCAUUUAACCUCUCAUAGUCUCAGUCUUCUCCUCUAUAAGUGAGAGUAUUAAACUAAUAAUCCCUCAGGACCUUCUAUUUCUAAAUUCUACUGUCCUGUGAGCCAGCUUUCUUAUAUAUUAUUACUGAACCUGUUUCUGAUAAAGCUAGUGAUAUGAAAUUGGGUUUUUCUACAGAGAAUCUCGAGAAAAGGUAAUUGAGCCAGCUGGCAACUCUUCUGGGCUCUUUGCAGUUCUCUAUAGACUCUCAGGUGGCAUACCUCUCACUAUUGGAAGAGGCUGGAAGAGGGCAGUGUUCUCUUUGGGUAGGAUCUGUAUAUUUAGAUCUAAAAAGGACCUUGGAGAUCAUUUCUCAAAUUUUUUUCAUUUUACAGGUGAGAAAGCAGACCAAAAGAAGUUAAGGUCACACAAGUGGACCAGUCCAUCAUGCCUGAAGUCAAAGACCUCUCAGAAGCCUUGCCCGAAAUGCCAAUGGAUCCCAUUACAGGAGUUGGAGUGGUUGCUUCUCGGAACCGGGCACCUACAGGCUAUGACGUAGUUGCACAGACAGCAGAUGGUGUGGACGCUGACCUCUGGAAAGACGGCUUAUUUAAAUCCAAGGUUACCAGAUACCUGUGUUUCACAAGAUCAUUUUCUAAAGAAAAUAGUCAUUUAGGGAAUGUUCUGGUGGAUAUGAAGCUCAUCGAUAUAAAAGACACACUACCUGUAGGCUUCAUUCCAAUUCAGGAGACUAUGGAUACACAGGAAGUUGCUUUCAGAAAGAAGAGACUCUGUAUUAAAUUUAUCCCUCGAGAUUCAACUGAAGCAGCAAUCUGUGACAUCAGAAUCAUGGGCCGGACAAAGCAGGCACCUCCUCAGUAUACCUUUAUAGGGGAACUGAACAAUAUGGGAAUCUGGUAUCGAAUGGGCAGAGUCCCGAGAAAUCAUGAAUCACCUCAACCCACAACUCCUUCCCCAUCGGCAGCUUCAACACCAGCCCCUAACCUUCCAAGGCAUAUCUCCUUAACACUUCCUGCUACCUUCAGAGGCAGGAACAGCACUCGAACUGACUAUGAGUACCAGCAUUCAAAUUUGUAUGCCAUAUCAGAAGACAACAACAUGCACUCAGCAAUGGAUGGAGUGCCUUUUAUGAUUUCAGAGAAGUUUUCUUGUGUUCCAGAAAGUAUGCAGCCCAUUGAUCUCUUGGGGAUCACUAUCAAAUCUCUGGCAGAAAUAGAAAAAGAGUACGACUACAGCUUCCGGACAGAACAGAGUGCUGCUGCCAGACUCCCGCCCAGUCCCACUAGAUGUCAGCAGAUACCACAGUCCUGAGGACCAGGAGGCAAGAAGGGGCAGGAGCCAGUGGAAAGAAGAGCUGCCCAGCACACAGACACACAGACAGACACACAGACGGUCAGACACACGCACGCACACAUGCAAGCACACACACGCAUGCAAGCACACACACACACACACACACACACACACACACACACACACACACACACAGAUACUACUACUGAAAAGGGAAGGCAGCCCCAUCCCAAAGCUGAGGAGUGUUCCUGGAGACAUUUCUCCAAACCUUUCUUUGGACUUCAGAGGACCCUUCUUUUAAAAACAAAACAACAACAAAAAAUACCACCCUUCCUUCCUCACACACUUUAGCAUUGGGAGGGGGAGUAGUGGGGGCAAAAUUGGUUAUAUGUGAUGAUUUCUGGAAUUUUUAAUUGUGAAAUUAUUUUUCAUCUGCUGAUCUAAUGCCUCCCCACCCCUACCCCAAAGCCAUUCUGGGAUUUUUUUUUUCUUGACCAUUUGCCAUAGUGAUCAAUGGCCCCUUUAAAACAAAAAAAAAAAGAGGGGGGAAGUCUGUGUAAUACAAUAUAACUUGCCCCCCAGGAGAUCCCUCUGGAGUCCAAUAGUCCCAUGGUUACACUGAUCAUACACUGAAGGCAUCCUUUGCACCCCUUGACUGAUGGCUGGUGACUGUGGUUUUAACUAGUGUUGGCUCUGGAAUAUUCUACAGGGUGUGCUUAACCUGAGAGCAUACCACUAAGAAAUUUAAUUGUCCUCAGUUGACUUUUUCAAGGAGUUGGUUCAGCUUGCAUAAGCACCUCUGGUGCUUGCUGGCCCAUUGUCCCAGGUCCUUCGGUGGCCUAGUAGGAAAAGUCACUUUGGCUAUAAUCAAGCUCAUGCCCAAGGAAGCAUCUCCUUCCACCAGGGUGAAACUAAGAUGCUGGACUGGGUCGCUUUAGGAGCAUGCAUCCAGAAUUGAUCUCUGAGGCUUCCCAUUGGACAUUUCUUUGGAAACAUCAGUUAUCCCAGAUGCCUAGACUGGACUUGUUCAUUACUUGGGAAAGGACAACUUCCAUCCGCUAGCGAAGGUGGAUGAUAUUCUAGAGAAGAGCACAACUAUGGUCCUGGAGUUGUUGGGCUGCAGGUUACACCUGGAGCCAUUUGCCCAUUUCUUGCCCACCCCGUCCCUAGUACCUCACUGAGCACAUGGGAGCCUUUGUCCACUCUCAACUCAACUCACCUGGUCGGAUCCUGAAAUGGAAUGAGGAAAAUAGCCCAUUUCCCUCCCACCCCUUCAGCCAAGCACCUUCCUGGAGGCCUCUUGUCCAGAGUAUACACCCACAGCCUGCCCCCAAGGAGUGGGGCCUCAGCAUGGGGAUUCUUGAUCUCUCACUUGCUUCCAAAGCCAGGUGCAUGUCUGGAUGACGCUUCAUAAUGUGAUAAGUCAUUUAGAACACUCGAUUUGACCUGUGCUGCUUUUCCAAGUCGCAGCUGGUAUCAAAAAGCUGUGGCCAUGAACUGGAACUUCCCACUGAAUAUGUUUUUUGAGUGGAAGUUUGGGCUUUUUUUGAUAGCCCUAGUGGUCUCAUCCCAUUAAAUAUGUGUUUUCCCUAGUAAUUGAUGUUGCCGUAGCUCCUGGCUUGCUCUGAUGCACAAACUUGUUUUGCACAGCUGUGUCUGUAUUUGUUUGCUGUGGAGUGUCGUCCUUUUGUUUUGUUUUUGUUUUUCCCCCUAGUUCACAAGAAUGUGAUAUUUUUACAACUUGGGUGUCACCAGAUACUGGAACUUUCUGAGGAAGGCGCUUGUUGGGAGUCCUGGAGUAUGUAUGUAUGUAUGUAUGUAUGUAUAUUUACUUACAUAUAUAUACAUAUAUGUGUAUAUAUAUAAAGAGAGAGCGACCACGUAUGUCAUGUAUGGUAUAGCAGAGUGUUUUGGAAAGAGGAAAGAGAUGAUGUCAGGAGAUCCCUGCUCUGUGCAACCUUAAAUCAAGCAUUUCCCCUUUCUGGGCCUAUAUUUCUCCACUCUUAAAAUGAAUGGAUAGUCUAAAUCCCUAAAUUCCCUUCUAGAUUUAAUCCUGUGAUCUGGGCAAAUGUUCCCUAGCAUUUUGUAGAGACAAAUAAGUCACCAGAAGAAUAGAACAGCUUUCCCAAAAGGAUAUAAGUUAACAUCAUCAUCAAACCCUGGAUCAGGGCUGGAGAAUGAAAUUAAUUCCAUUUUAUCCUGCGUGGCUUGGAUGUGAUGGUGCAGCUAUGACAGGGGCCAAAAUUGAGCAACACUGUUAAGACCUGUGCCAGCUGUAGGAUGCCACUGCCAGCUGGGAGAUGGUUCAGGUAGCUGGUGCUUUUAAAAAUACCUCAUGUUCAUACUGUCAGCACCUAACCUCUUCUGCUGUCACCAAGGCAAACCCAGGGAGGCCCGUAGUCUCUCCCCCUCCUUUAGGUUCCCCUUCCAAACACAUUUGUGUUGCCCUCUGAAGGUUCAGAUUUGCCAUCUGUAAUGUGAGGAAGUUAGACUAGAUAACCUAAAGGCCCAUUCAGCCCCUUAACACUAUGAAUCAAGGAAGUUUGAUGCCCAGAGAGGGAAAGGGAUUGUCUAUGUUCCCACAGGCACUAAGUGGCAGAUUCAAAAUUCAAACUCAGAUCCUCUGAUUUCAAAUCCAGUGUUAUUUCUACCAUAUUAUCUUUCCUCACUGUACCAUGAAGGCAUCUUUUUGUAUUUAUUUUAAUCUGUUUGAGAAAAGAAGAGAGAGAGAGGGGAAGGAAGGAAGGAAGGAAGGAAGGAAGGAAGGAAGGAAGGAAGGAAGGAAGGAAGGAAGGAAGGAAGGAAGGAAGGAAGGAAGAAAGAAAGAAAGAAAGAAAGAAAGAAAGAAAGAAAGAAAGAAAGAAAGAAAGAAAGAAAGAAAGAAAGAAAGAAAGAAAGAAAAGAGGGAGAGGCUAUAUAAACCUUCUAGAGUCUUAUCACCCCUGAGUGACAUUUGGAUUGAUGGAUCAUGAGACAGCCCUCCCUCCCCAACUCCCUCCCCAGCUAAUUCUUUUGGAUUGUGGAUCAUCCUAAUUCCUCAUUUUUGUUUUACCCCCUAACUCAGAACCUACCAAAUAUUAGGAAACCAGUAGAUGAUAACCAAGAGCCAGAGAGCUCGGUAUAGCAUGAAUAGCAUUAGAGUCAAGCCUAUUGAGUUUCAUUUUCCUCAUAAGACUAUUUGCUGCCUCCCUCGAUGUGUGUCAGCCUUUAUUUUCUCACUCCUUUCUCUAGGCCUGUGAUUUGUCUCAGGACAUGUCUGGACUGGCCUCCAGUUUGUCAUCUUCACCUUCAAGUUUUCUUUUUCCAAACAAAAUUUUCUAGCACCUGUUGACUUAGAAUCCUAGACUCGUGUACUUUUAGUGCUAGAAGGGGCAGCAGAGUGGCUCGGCUAGCCCAGCCCCCUUAAAAUCAUAGAACCUCAGAUCUGAAAGGGAUCACGAGGUCAUCUAGUCCAGGUCCCUUCCCGAAGGAGGAGUCCCUUCUACAGCAUGCCUACUACGCAGAGGGGUCAUAGAGGAUUAUCUUAAAGACCUUGACUUGAAAACCUUGCUAUUUCCCUGAUAGCAGCCACGUGGUUACUCUUCACAUUCAUGGCAAACUGACAAAAACCUCUCAGGAAGCCCUUGGCCUUUCCAAGACUUGUCAUGUUAAAUUUUUGGAGAAAGGUGCAACUCAAGAAACUUGGAAAUCUUCAGAUGCCUAGCCUGCUUUUUUAUCUAAAGGGAUCCAGAAGCUCUUAAAGGAGAUUCCUGCUGAUUUCUGACAGCAGUGUUCUUGGAGGAACAACUAGCCGUGAGAGAACAAAAGGGCUGUGCCAUUUGGGGGGAAGGGGAUGAAGAGAAUAAAAUGAGGUCAUUGUAAAAUGAGGAAAAUUAGAUGAGCCUUGUAGGCAGCAUAAAUCAAUUCAGUCCAAAAAGCAUUUUCUUAGUACCUAAAGUGGAUGUACCAUUGUAUGUACUAGGCACAAAAGUGGGAAAAUAUCCCUUCCCUCUGAGCACUUACAUUCUAAUUGGAAGAAAGGCUUCUGGGCUGAGAGUCAAGAGAUAUGGGUUUGAAUCACGGGGCGGCCUCAUAGGUGACUAUGGGCAAGUCACUUCCUCUCUUUGGCCCUCAGUUUCCCAAUCUUUAAAAUAAGAGGGUUGGACCCUCUCGUCUUUAAGAUCUCCUCUGCCAACUCUGAGCCCUAUGAUUCUGCAGACCUAAGAGAAUUCGUGAGGAUGGCCACUGGAAGCAAAAGCUUCCCCUUGAGACUGAAUCAUUUCAGCCACACUGAUUGGCACUGGAUGGGCUUUGCAUGGGCCAGAUAGUAUGGCCUCCCAUAGGAUCCUGUGGAACCCUGGGCAAGGAGACGUAUCCCCUGGAAAAGAUGAGCAUGGUGUAGUAAAAGGAAUGGGUGCUCAGAGUCCUGAGGACCAGGGUUCAAAUCCUCCCUCCUUAACUAGUUGAUUCCCUUACCCUUGAGCUGGCCUCAGCUUUCUCUUCCACAGAAAGAUAGGGGUUGGACCUGAUAAUCUCACUUUCCUUCCUGCUCUAAAUCCUAUUUGGCUUUUCUCCUGGCUCACUGUUCUCAGGCCCCUGAGCCUCUUACCUCAAAGAAAGCUUUUAGAGAUCAGGGACCACUUGACCACUGAAGACACCUUCAGACAGCUCCCUUCCUGACCUUCCCAGGCCAAACAACAGCCUCCAGGGAGUCCGGGUGACAUGUUGUCCAUCCAUGUUUUCAGUAUUUAGUACGGGCCAGAGCGUUCAAGAUGGCGAACUUGAAUUAACCUGUGUGUUAGCAGUAGUGACAUUUGAGACUAACAGUAAGGAAGUAGCUUCUGUAGCACGUUGACUGUGAAAUUUGUUUAAAAAAAGACAAAGCCAGGUUUAGGAUAUUUAUCGAUGCCUGUAGGUAGGACAUUGGUGUGGGUGUGUUUUAGAGCGUGUGUCUAUGUGUGUGUGCGUGAUAAGUUCUUUAGACUAUCCCUGACCCCGUCCUCUCUUUCCCCCCUUGGCGUAGGAGAGAGGGUGGGGAGGACAGACGAGCCAGUGCUCAGCGGGCCAUUGCGAGUAUUGACAUCCCCGGUGUCACGUCGCCUAGAUUCUCUGUACAGCAUUGAUCUGGAGUUCUUGCCCUGGACCACUCUGGAUUUGUGGUGAAGAUGAUGAUGGCGGGAUCUGGAAUAGAGACGCUUGCAAGGCAGAAGAUGUCUCGUAUCUACAUAGGAUCGUGGGAUUUGUAACUAGAAGGGAAUUUAGAGAUCAUCUCCUUCCACACCAUCAUUUCGUAGAGGAGACUGAGGCUUCUUGAUGUGCCUGUCAUGACCAAAUUUUUAAAAAAUGUAUUCACUUAGGGAGCAACGCCUUAGUGACCUCCCUCCUCCCCUUACACCGAAGGUUGGCUUUAUGAAUGAUGGACCCAGACAGAUCUUUCCAGCAUGGCUGCCAGAGCUUGCUGCUUCUCUAGCAAAGCCUUGCACAGUGUCCACACCUCAAAGAAAGUAGAGAACUGGAAAUUGUCCUGAAGGUGUAAAGGGUCCCUUGUCUUGGGUCUCUCUGGGCUCUACAGGUACCCAUUUCCAUUCCUUUCCCAGUCUCUCACCUCAUCCCAGCAUUCAUCAUCCCUUGGCACAACAUGGCAACUACAUGCUCCUUUACUACAUUAUUAUCUUCAGCACCUUCUUUCCUCCUCUUUUCCAUUAAGUUCUUCAGAGUGGUCAGGCUUUCUGUUAAGCCUAGGAAUAGGAGAAUUGGGAUGCUUUGUCCCCACUGCUUCCCCUCCCCUGCUCAGUUGCAAAAUAUCCCUAAAACCGCAAUUAGGAGAAUUGGCGAUACACAGUGGAAAGAACACUGGACCUGAAGUCAGAAUGCCUUCGUUUUUCUGGCUCUGCUGCUAAUUCCCUGGGUGACCCUGCCAAUCGUUGCUCUUUGGUCCUCCCUUCCUUUGUCCAUAAAACAAGAUGCGUUAUGGAGUGGAGAGGGAGCAAGGUAUGGAGACAAGAGAUUUGGGGUUGAAUCCCAGCACUGCUGCUGUAUAGUAUAGACAGGUUACUCCCCUCCUUGGAGGCAGAGGUUCAUUUUCCUCUUGUUUAAAGUAAAAGAGUUAGGCUGGGUUCCUUCAAACCCCAUAAUCCUAUGACUAGAUGAUCUCUAAAAUCCCUGCUAGCACUUGUAUCCUAUGUUUGGGAGAUGAGAGAAGAUGGUUCAACUCACUCUUUCACAAGAUGGCUGCCCUAGGCUUCCAUUGGAUCACCCCGGUGCUAAUUGUUCAUCUAGGUGGUGUGCAAUUCCUGGACCCAAAGCUCUCAAAGAUGACACCAAAUGGCCACAACUGGGCCAUUACAUAGAAUCCAUUAGCCUGCAGGGCAAAUCUCCCUGAAAGUUUAUGUUCCUCAAUUCUGGUGACUUGAAAAGCCAAUCACGGGACAACAAAUUCACCCUAUUCAGCUUCUUACUCUCAAUCUUACAUGGUAAAAGAGAAACAUCAAAGUGGAAGAUUGUAUCAUCUCACUCAACCUUGAGGAAAGAAGCCCUUUAUGAAGUAGCCAAGCAGGGUCAAGAUGCUGUGCACUUGUUUGGCUAUCAGAAUUGGACUAACUGUGCAUUGAUCUUAUGUUAUUACCUUUUGUAUUUAUUUUAGGUGACUCCUGUAUUUUAUAAAGGGAAGUUUCACUGUGUGAUUAUUAAUCUGUAUUCUUAAUAUAAUUUGUUAAAUAAAAGUUUGUUUUAACCAUUUCUCACUAA